AUUGAAAUUUCUCCAAAGGAGUAGAACCCAAAAGCUAUUUUAACCAACAACUCACAAACAGAAACCAGUCUCAUCUUCACAGUUCACACAAAGCAACAAUGAGACCACUCAACCAAACACCCACAUUCUGGCUCUUUGCCUUCUCUGCCUUCAUAGCUCUCGUCUCAUUGCUCUUCCUAAUCCCUUUCCCUUCUCCUUCUCCACCUUCUUCUACAUCGACAUUUCCAUCAGUUAUCAGUCCUUCCAGCAGCCGCCACCACCACCAUCACCAUAAGAGAAAGCCUGCGGUGGCGUGCGACGAGAGCAAGUGGAGGUCCAAGUUGAUAUACCUUUACCAAGUGACUCUGGUUUUGACUGUGGACCAGAAAGGCUGCGCCAACUUCAGCAGUAUUCAGAAGGCUGUUGAUGCUUCCCCUGAGCUCAGCGCUUCGACCACCCUCGUCUUGAUCGAUUCUGGGACCUACAGGGAGAAAGUGGUGAUAUAUGCAAACAAAACGAACUUGGUAUUCGAAGGUCAGAACUACCUCAACACCGCCGUUGAAUGGAAUGACACGGCGGAUUCCACCGGAGGCACGAUUUACAGCGCCUCCGUCACCAUUUUGGCUCCCAAUUUUACCGCCUACAACAUCAGCUUCAAGAAUUCAGCUCCUCCGCCGUCGCCGGGCGAUUCAGGAAGACAGGCGGUGGCGGCGCGAGUAACAGGGGAUCAAUCUGCGUUCUACCGAUGUGGGUUCUAUGGCGCCCAAGACACGCUCAACGAUGACCAUGGCAGGCAUUACUACAGAGCAUGUUUCAUUCAAGGCUCCAUCGACUUCAUCUUUGGACAUGCCAGAUCGCUUUUCGAGAGCUGCACGAUCAACUCCAUCGCGGAACCACCAACAUCAGGAACGACCGGAGCAAUCACAGCCCAGGGGAGGGACGCCGCCGGCGAGGAUUCCGGGUUCUCGUUCGUGAACUGCAGGAUCAACGGAACAGGGCAAGUGUGGCUGGGCAGAGCAUGGGGCCAUCGUGCGACGGUGGUGUUCUCGAGAACGUACAUGUCGGAGGUGGUGUCGCCGGAUGGAUGGAACGACUGGAGAGACCCUUCUAGAGAUCAGACGGUUUUCUUUGGAGAGUAUGACUGCUAUGGACCAGGAGCAAACUAUUCAAUGAGGGUCUCAUAUGGGAGGCAGCUGACCCAAGAUGAAGCUGCUCCAUUCAUGGAUGUCUCCUACAUCAAUGGAGAUCAAUGGCUUGAAGCUGCCAAAAUUGCUCCUCUGGUUCCUAAUCAUGACGACGGUGAUGAUGGUUAUGAUAACUUUAUCGGAGCACUAGACAUGUAGAGAGAAAGAACUCUACUUACGAACACACAUAACUUCUGCAACAUCGAGAUAAUGUGUACACUUUGAUUAGCUUAUUGAUUUAUGAUACGAUACCGUUGAGAUCUCUGAAUCUCGUCUUAUUAAUAAAAAUCAAUUGAUGAAUAUGCUUAGCUAACUAGCUGGCAUUAUACAAGACUAAAAAAAAGAGUUCAUGCGGAUUGGUGGAUAUUAUCUAGAAUUUGAAUUCGAGCUGGUUCAACUCUAAUGAACGAAUCGAGCCGUGGUCAGCCCGUGACCUCUAAUAGUGAUCAAUUGAGAUUGGUUCACAAGAGAUUCUCGUACUCUUUGCAAAAUUACUAUUUUGAGCUAGUGAUGAUAAACAACCGAGAGAGAUAACAUAAUCAAGUUACCAAUUCAACUACGAAACAGUUCUCUCACAAUAUUCACCAACUAUUAUUUCUGGAACUCUAACACGGUGUGGAAGUAAUCCACAGAGUGCAACGCCCUGAAAUUGGAGAACCCAACGGGCAGGCCAAGCUGCUUGAACUCUUCCUCGGUCCUGUGCUUCCCUUUGGCCCUGUAGAUUGUCAUCACGAAUAUGUCCCCUUCCAAGUUCCAACAGAGCUCUCGUCCGGUGACUGUCGUCGGAAUCCUUGGGCAGCAUCGGCUCGCAGGCUAUCAGCUUCCCUCCUUCCGGCAGGGCCUUGUAACAGUUGGCCAUUAUCGCCUUGCAUUCCUCGUCGGUCCACGUCGUCAGAAUCCACUGCAUUAAUUGUUCUCCAAAAAAAACAUUUACAUAAUACAACAACGAAAUAUCAGACAAAGACAUUAUUAGGGAUGAUAUUGGGUCGGAUUUUGCAAACACAAACCCAACACAACAUGUAUUCACGGGCGCAUAGUACUCAUAAGUUUACGAAUAUAAUAAUAAAUUAUUUCUUUGAAU